CAAGAGCGAGGUCUAAUUAUUAUUACUGCACAAAAAUUAUGGGAUCUAGUCUCUGUUCUAGGCUAAGAAAAUGGAGAAAAAAUUUCUCGGCAAAAAAGACUGACGAUAAAGAGACUCUGAAUGUUAAUGGAGAUGUUGUCGAUAGAGAAGAAUCGUCGAAAGAAAAGCUCAGGGAGAUUUUAAAAGAGGAAGAUGUUGAAGAAAUUAGAGUCGCUUCGCAAACCAAGGAAGAUCUAAGAGAGCUGAUAGAAGAUCUAAAUCAACAAUUGGCAAAGCAUCGGUGCAAUAAACCAGAGAAGGAAAAGUUAUUGCUUGAGUUAGGUCACGCUCACUACAAACUGUGUAAGUUCCCUUCUGCCAAAGAUUACUACGAGCAGUAUUUUAGUCUGGUGAAACGGCAACGUUCGUUAAUUCAUUUACAGAGAGCUUACUGCAACCUGGGAUGUGUUCAUAGAAGGCUCGGUGAUUUCGAAAAGGCCACAGAGUACUUCGAAAAAGGCCUAGCGAUUGCUGAAGAGUUACAAAACAAAAGUUGUCAAGCGAGGAUGUACAACAAUCUCGGAAACAUCUCCGAGAUGCAGCAAGACUUUGAAAGUACCAUUUAUUAUCAGUCACAAAGGCGAAAGAUUGCCGAAAGUUUAAAAGACGGUAACAGCGUGUCGAAGGCCAACGCGAGUAUUGCUAACGCAUAUCACUGCUUGGGGAAUUUGAGGGCGAGCAUUGCUUAUUAUGAAAGAGUUGUGCUUUGGUUAAGGAGAAAACUAGUUUAUCAGGAGCGACAAAGAAGUAGAUUGGAUCUUGUGUCACAGUUGCCAAUUGAAGACGAACAGUGGGUGUAGGAUAUACUUGAGAAAAAAAACAAGAAGCGGUCAAAAGUUGCAGUUUGAAAUAACUUAAAUUUGAUUUGCGCCAAAUAUAAACACGAGCGUUCGUACAAGUUUAAGCUGCGAUACUUUCCUUUCGUUUAUGUAAAGUAAUGGCGGGCUAAGCGGUUAAUUUAUUUCCAAUUGAAAUAUCACCAGCUAUCAUAUCUAAUUUACUUAAACAGAGACAUCAUUAGGGUAUGUUGACCUGUUCUACUAAAUAAGAGACGACAGAAAAAGAGCAAGUAAAAUUCUCCAGUGAUUUUUUUCUUGCUUUUAUUCAUGGAUAUACGAAGCAUAGGAACGGUAAUGUUGGGAUUCGACGUGCAAAUUUCUUAGCCUUAGCCCAGCCUUAGGAGUCUGGGGAUGGCAUGCAUCUUUUCAAAGAUGGCGGACUGAUAGUUAGAUAUGGCGAAUCAAAUAGGGAGAAAUUUUGUGGGGGAAAACGCUUGAUUCUGUGUCCUGGAAUCAUUGGCUUUUAGUAUUAUGACAGUAUAUUCUAAUUAUGUCAUAUGCAGCACAUCCAUGAGUACACCAUUGUGUCACUUUGAUACGUGUAUUCAUACACCAAAUUUUUUUGUGAAAACCCAUGCACUCGAUUCAAUUCUGGAUUCAACAAACUCCUUUUUAAUUACUUUCUUAGACUCCAAAUUUAACGUGGUUACAAUGCAUGCAUUUUCUUGUCAUGUUUCUGCUGCUAGCCAUUUAUCUUUACCGUUUGGUAAACGGUAUUUCCUUCAGGGAGUAUCAAUGUGCCUGUUGUUUCUGACCGUCGAUAAAUGUUGCUCUGGCCUCACUGCGAGGAAUGGGGCAGGACAAUGACCUCCUCGGUAACAUUUCCAUUUUUCUAUUCGGAUCUGAAAGGAAGCCUUCGCUGAAGGAUUUUGAUUUGCUCAAGUUCUUAUGCUUCUCCACCCUUCGUUUGUCUUUCAGUGAAUAGUUUGUAAUCUUUUCUUGGUUGUGUCGUGUUCUUUUUAGCCAUGGCUGAAAGCCUGUGUUACCUUUUAUUCCUACCAUUUCUUUCAGAACUUUCCAGAACUGAGGAUUUCUGAAACAGUAGAGGAUUGGAUUCAGCAGAGAGUUUAACUGUGCUAGACUUUGUGUUGAACGGAAAAUAAAAUACUGGUUUGUUUGAAUUACGGGAAAAAUAUCUACGAAUAUAAAUGCAGUUCCGGCUGGCAGAAAAGAAAAGAAGGCAACAAAGCUUAAUAGGGCAGUCGUUGUAGCAAUUUUGAAUUCUGCUUUUUUUGUUAUUAAUACAUUGAACCGACGGAUGUCAGCUAUCUUGCUUUUUCGCACUUCCAGAAGCACCACCAAAUAGAAAUACAGAAUAAGGAUUAGACAACCAGUUAUCACGACAAGUUCACUCAACAUCCAAGCUUUCACAGCUUUCCUGGAAACUCUCAAAUCCUGCAUGAUAAAAGCUGGGCAUGCUGUAAAAAUUGUCCACAACCAAGCGGCUAACUUUCUGAGACGGCUUCUCCUGGCAAUAACUUGGUAGUCCAUCCACCUUCGAAUCGCCACGUACCUCUCCAGGGCAAUAGCUGUCAAAUGAUAUACUGAACAUGCUAAAAGGAUAUUACUGAGGCAAAAACUGGCCCAGUCUAAGCGGCAAAUAUACGGAAAGGAGACUCGGUAAACAAUCAAUACAUCAACGGUUACUGUCGCAGGGAUAUCUAAGACCCCAAUGAGAAGAUCUGUUACGGCCAUGCUGGAUAGUAAAAUGGUCCACUUCUUUCUGAAAAUGUUCGUGUUCUGCAUGGUAAUGAUAGCGAGAGUGUUUAAAAGUACGAUACAAGGAGAUGCAACAGAUCGGAUGAUGACAAGAAUAUUCCAGCUGUAAUCGUUCCCAUCUUCGUUGAAGAUCCAUUUGAAAUUUUCUCUUUCUGUGCAAUAGAAAAGUGAAUUUGGACUCGCCUUGCUAGCAGAGUCUUUGGUUGUUUCUGUACAGUUUAGGCACAUGUCCAUGAAAUCGAUGCUGUUUCUAGUCGUCCAAAAAAUUUAACCGUUACCUAUUUUUCAUUCAGGCAAUUUUCUUUCCAGGUGCAAAGGUUACCUUGCUCACUGAAAAUAUAAUUCAUGCAAAUUACUUUUUUGCAUAUUUAACGAUGAUUAAGUAAACAAUGACAAUGGCUUUUCCACAUCAGGAAAUAUAGUUUUCUCAUAUCAUAGAAGAGAUAAAGUGGGAUUUAGGGUGCUAUAAGUCUUAAUUCAAUUUGCUUAGUUUGGACACUCGUAAACUAGCGGGAUUUUUACGAAGACUGAACUGCUCUUGAUGCAGUGUGAUGCGACGUUAGCCGGUGCACCAGUGGACUAUAAAAAGAAAAGUAAAAAGUUUUACCCUGGAUUUUUCAUAAUAUAACUUGCGUCACGAGAGGGACAGAAAUAAAAUAAUAGUUUCUCCACAACGAAA